GAGGCCGGACGGCCUUCUGGUCGGGAGGGGAGUGGACGGUCGACGUCGUGGAAAGCCCAAACCGAAGGAGCCGGUCUGGUUAAAAGCCGCCAUGCGGAAGCCUAUAGUUCUGCGUUUCAGCCACACGUCGCCUCGAUUCUUCAGCUGGCUGGUUGUGAAGUAGUCUUUUCCUGCUAUCCUUGGCCAGAUUACUUUUCAGUUUCCUGUCGGGUUCGCAUUGUCGAAGAUGACUGGGCACGCCGAUACCGAAGAGCUCACCGACGAAGUGCGCGAAACGUUCGUUCACCACAACAGAACGUAUCAACGGUACUGUAUAGAUCGCAAGAUAUACUUUGUGCCGGUCGACGAGGAUGAAACUAUCCGUCUGCGCCUUCAACAUGACGUCCUGUCCAUGGUAUUUGACGGUAGAUCGAUCUUCCCGCCUCUAGCGUCGUUAAGGCGAGUCCUCGACUGCGGCUUCGGAACAGGCCUUUGGGCAUUUCAGGUCGCUUGGGAGAACCCUAGGUGCGAGGUCAUCGGCGUCGACGUGAGCCCCCAUCACUACAACCCCGAGGAGAGCGUUGACAACCUCUACCUUAACGUCGACAACCUGAACAUGCCCUCAGAGGGAGUAUGAUAUUGGCGUCGCUAAUCAGGAAAACGUUCGGCUACUACUCGGA